AUGAUAAUGGCGACCGCGCAACGGUAUAAUCUUUAUAGUGAUAUGGAAAUGCUUCGUUUAUCGACGUCGUCGCCUAUGAAUUUUCGACCAUUAUCGAUUAAAUUGGUUGGCGACAAUCGUCCACUAUCUGCAGAUUCACCUGUCAAUGUCAGUUGCCGAGUUACAGGGGCCAAACCACCACCAAUCAUCACCUGGUGGAAAGAUGCCACCCAAAUGACAGAUGCCAAACAAAUAACCAAUCCGGAUGGCAACAUAACUACGAGUGUGCUGACAUUUACUCCAGCGAUCAAAGAUUCGGACAACACGUUGAGCUGCCGAGCAGAGAGUGGUAAACCAGACAACGUCAAUAACAGACACAGUGGCAAACCUGACGGUCGCCAAUAUCAAUCAGUCGACGUUGAUUCUUCCGAUGGAUGGAAAAUAAACAUAUUUCAUGUACCUGUUGUUAACCUUGAACUUGGCAGCAACAUCAACGGCAGCGCUAUACAAGAAGGCAUGGACGUGUAUUUUGAAUGUAACAUCAAAUCGAACCCAUGGGUGUACAGAGUGACAUGGAGACACAACGGAAAGCUGCUGAACAACAACCCGGCCGCUGGCACGAUUGUCAGCAAUCAGAGUCUGGUCUUGCAAAAGGUGUCUCGGAGCCGAGCCGGCAUUUACACGUGCGUUGGUAGCAAUCAGGAGGGCGAUGGCGAGAGCAAUUCAGUGCCCUUAGACAUUAAAUUUGCCCCAGUAUGUCGACCCGGCCAAGAGACGGUGCAAGGAGUGGGCAGACGAGAAGCUGCCAAAGUGCUGUGCGAGGUGGAGGCCAACCCGUCGGACAACGUACGGUACACGUGGCGUUUCAACAACUCAAGGGAAACGGUCAACUUGGAUCGUGACCGUUAUACGGAGGAGGGACCGCGGAGCACUGCUGCGUACACGCCACUGACGCCACUCGAUUACGGGACACUCAUGUGUUGGGCGAGCAACGAGUUUGGCAAACAAACAGUGCCAUGCGUGUACCAGGUGAUAGCUGCCGGGCGCCCGGACAGCUUGGAAAACUGCUCGGUGGUAAACCAGACUUCGGCAUCUCUGGUGGUCCGGUGCCAACCAGGUUUUGACGGUGGUCUCAGCCAGAGGUUCGUCAUGGAGGUGUACGAUCGACACGGACAGUCACUGGCUGGCAACGUGACGGCUGACCAUCCUGCAUUCACUGUGGGCAGUCUUCCUUCCGGUUUGGGAUUCGACAUCAGCGUUUACGCGUACAACAGCCGCGGACCAUCCGAUCCUGUCCAGCUCCACGCCUACACCCUCAAGUCGGCCGAGAAACGCACAGCUGUCACGCCCUCGGGAUUUCGCUUUUCACCCAUGCUAGCCGUGAUCGCCGUCGGAUGCGUCGCGUCUGUCGUGUCCAUCGCGUGCAUCGUGGCCGUGGCCGUGGCUGUACAGAGGAAGCGAGCUAGGCGCCGUCGCCGCGAACGGUCAAACGACGAGUCAAAAACGGCCAUCGACGGUGUUGGCGGAACCGGAACUGGUACAGGGGCUGGAGCUGGAAUCGGCGAUGGCGGUGGAGUCGAUGGAGGUGGUGGUGGAGGUGGCACUGGAGGAGGCACCGAUGGAGGCACAGGUGGUGGUGACGGUGGAGAUCGUCAUCAUCAACGAGCUGAUGCCGUCGACGACGGUCUGGAAAAGAAUCCCGACAUCAUACCGCACGACAACGAUUACUUAGACGAAGACGAAAAGGCAUUUGAACGGUUAAACAGUGGCAGAAUAUACUCUUCACGAAUGGUCGACGCUGAAGCAUGCAAACAACAAGCUCGUGGGCUUAUGCCACCACCUCCUUCGAUGACACCACAACAGCAGAUCUAUUCUUCGGACAUUGUCGGUGGUUCUCCAUUGGCUGGCGUCGUGUACCCAAACCUGAUGUGCCCCACGCCGCCACCGCCACCGUCACAGCUGUUGCUCCACCAGCAUUAUCAGCAACAGCAACUGCAGCAGCAGCAACAGCAACUUCAGCAACAGCAGCCCACUGCCGCAUUGCACCACCACCGGCACAAUGGCGGUGGACCUCAGCACGUUCAAUACGUGCAGGUUGACCACCAAAACCAGUUCGCCAGCCACCCACACCAGCACCACCAUCUACAUCAUCAUCCCCUGCCGCCACCACAUUACCAGCCGGUCCCUCAGGCACGGACCAUGACCCUUGGCCGUUACCACAACAACCACAAACACGGUCACAAUCAACCACAAGACCGUUCUGCCGAGAUACCUCUGUUGUUGGCCGCCCAACCCGGGCUCCAACACCACCAUCAGCUUCACCAGCGCGAGAGCACGACCGACUUGACGGCGGACCCGCAGCUGCAGCAGAGAGGCGCUGUCGGACCAGUCUUUGGAAAACCACCCCCGUUGGCAGCGCCAUCGCAACAGCAGCAGAUCAUCGCCGCCACGAGGUUCUGA